AUGUAUUUUCGAAUAUUAUUUUCACUGUUCUGCAGAUCAGAAGGUCCAAUUGAUUCUGAUAGCUUGCUGGACAGUAUACGAGACUGGCGCAAAAGGUUAUACAGGGCUUUCAAAUCGAGAAGCGAUAUCGUGGAUUUCAAAGAUAUCAUUCCCAUAGUGGUGGAUAAAAACCGACAAGUACUGCUCAAUAGAAAACUGCCAAACUGGCAUACUGCCACCAAAGAUGUUCAGACGUUUGGACGAGAUCCCACUGGGAAGGUAAGCAUUCAGCCGACGUGCCUGAAUGGUCAGCCUGUAUCGGAGGACAAAUGCAAUAGCCUACGUCUAAGGACAAUCAUACAAAAUAACAUAGUGCAAAAUGAUGCAGAGGCUUCAAAACGUGCAGUCCAGUCUGCUGCUGAAGAGGAAAUUGGACAAUUCUUCAACGCUAUCUGUGGAACAGGCUUUUUCAGCUAUAUUGCCCACACAGAUGAGUUCUGCCUGGCAUCAAUGUUUGGUGUGAAUUGCUAUCUAUUCUCGCCGGUAUGCAGUGACACGUCCACAACAAUCUUCAAGAAACUUCGCAAAUCACACAAAAAGGCUCAUCUCAAUCGGAAUUAG